GAGAAGAGUGAGUGAGUAGAGAGAGAGAGAGAGAGAGAGAGAGUGAGAGAAAGAGAGGAGUAAGAGCACAUCGAACUCAAACGAUCGUUCGUGCUCUUAAUUUAGAGUUUUUUGUUAAAUCGUCGUGACGAGGUGCGAUGAAGUAAAAGCUGGAGGAUGAUGGGCGAUCAGUUUCGUAGUAAAGUGGAGCAGUACUCGCCAAAAUCAUCACCGAGGGGUGCACGUUCCCCUGUUGUUUCUCGCCAAGACUCGACAGGGACACUCAAAACGACGAUUUCCCUCGGAAAAAAUCCUUCCAUCGUCCACAGUGGUCCUUUUUAUUUAAUGAAAGAACCACCUGGGGAGAGUGAACUUACUGGAGCAACGAAUUUGAUGGCAUAUUAUGGUCUAGAACAUUCCUACAGUAAAUUUAGCGGUAAAAAGCUUAAAGAACAAUUAUCUUCGUUUCUUCCUAAUUUACCUGGCAAUAUUGAUACACCUGGUCAUCAGGAUAAUAGUUCAUUAAGGUCUGUAAUAGAAAAACCUCCAAUUGGUGGUAAAGAAUUAUUACCACUGACUAGUGUGCAAUUAGCUGGUUUUAGAUUACAUCCGGGACCAUUACCCGAGCAAUACAGAUAUGUAAAUCAAGCACCACAAAAGAAACAUAAGAACAAACAUAAAAAGCAUAAACACAAACCUGGUGAAAUACCAACCGGACAAGAAACAGCUACCACCGAUAUCAGCAGUUCAGAUACACACGAAAAGAAACAUAAAAAACAGAAAAGACACGACGAAGAAAAAGAAGCAAGGAAGAAAAGAAAAAAGGAGAAAAAAAGGAAAAAACAAAAACACAGCCCUGAACACACCGGUGGACUUACACCUUCUCAGCAUUCCAAUUCGUGAUCUCUAAAUUGUGAAAUAACAUUUUUUAAUCCGUCGUCAUUUCAAAUCUAUGAAAAUGAGUUAAUUAUAUAUAUUUUCACUUUAUACGUAUAAACGUACGCGUCAUCAUAUUAAUAAUAAAUGUUUACACCGUUUGUAUAUAAUCAAUAUUUUGUGAUCUUAGGAUUUAUUCGAUAGUCAAAUCACUAAGAAACGUUUGAAUUUGUUUUGUACAGUUUCUUUUAUUAUUCAUCUUCGUUUUGAUCGUGUUGCAUUAAAAAUAAUUUAAA